CUUUCCUCAGCCGCGAUUAAGCUAGCAGGUUAGCCAUGUCAGGUGUGGAGGCGACUUCGACUGAGCCUCUACAAGUUAAAGAAGACCAGGAGUUUGAUGUGGAGGCUGAAGACCACCUCGGGGAUGAUUAUGUCGUUGACCCGACUCGAUAUAUGUUUUACAGGGACAGAAAGGAGUGGGCUGACCUGGAGCCAGUCCGACAGGACGAUGGACCAAAUCCUGUAGUCAAGAUCGCCUACUCUGAGAAGUUCUCAGAUGUUUAUGACUAUUUCCGUGCACUCCUAAAAAAUGAUGAAAAAAGUGAACGGGCUUUUGCUUUGACAGCAGAUGCCAUCGAGCUGAAUGCCGCAAAUUACACAGUCUGGCACUACAGGCGAGUACUUCUUCAAGCUCUAUCGAAGGACCUCAGGGAGGAGAUGAGGUACAUUACUGCCAUCAUUGAGGAGCAACCCAAAAACUAUCAAGUCUGGCAUCACAGACGUAUGGUGGUAGAGUGGUUGAAUGACCCCUCGGAGGAACUGGAGUUCAUCGCGGACAUUCUCAGCCAAGAUGCGAAGAACUACCACGCCUGGCAGCACAGACAGUGGGUCAUCCAGGAGUACAAACUGUGGGACGACGAGCUGGAGUUUGUGGAGAAUCUUUUGGAAGAAGAUGUGAGGAAUAAUUCUGCGUGGAACCAGAGGCACUUUGUCAUUUCUCACACUACCGGAUUCUCUGAUGCAGCCAUAGUGGAGAGAGAGAUUCAGUAUUGUCUAAACCAGAUCAAGAAGGCUCCUCACAAUGAAAGCGCAUGGAACUAUUUGAAAGGAAUGCUGCAAGACAGAGGCAUGUCUUCUCAGCCAGGUCUGCUGGAGAGGGUUCUGGAGCUGAAGGAGACCCACUGCUCACCUUACCUUCUAGCAUUUCUGUUUGAUUGCUACGAGGAUGCCUUAGAGAACAGCGUCCAGAGGGAAAACGCGGAGGAAGACGAACGAAAGGAAACUUUAAAAAAGGCUCUAGAGAUUUGUGAACUUCUGGCACAGGAGAAGGACACCAUUCGGAAGGAGUACUGGCAGUUUUUGGGACGUUCUUUAAAGAACAGAUUUGUUACUGGCGGUUCCUCUGAUGAGCCGGAUGUCGCUGAGUCGUCGGGGAAACAGGAGAGCAACUAAACCUCCAGGAGACUGAAACCAUUUCCACUCCCUGUCCUGCUUCAUCGAUAGAAUCCACCCAUGGAGUUUGAUAUUACUGUAAAUGGCUGUAGUGUUUAUUACUGAAGUUUUAAGAAAUAACAAGCAUGAAGUCACCUGAGGCUCUGAAAUACAUGGAAGAUUGUAAUUGUUUUGUACCACAAAAGCAAAGUUAAAAAUAAGACAAAUAAGUGAAAUAUUUGUCACCUUUUUCCACUCUGGCUGUUCUAAUUCUUUGAAUCUGAAUACAUACAUUAAAAUCAGUACAAAUACACCCCUGAGUGUGUUUGCAAGCAAACUAAUAUCCAAUUUAUAGUCCUGAGUGUUGGCAGGUUGUAAAAAGAAAUAUCUUGAAUAAUCAGGAGCAAUUUGACAUUGUUUUUAUUCUAUAGUUCAUGUUAAAGACGGAGUAAGCAAUAGUUUUUAUUUAUUUUUGCAUCACUGUGCAUAAAUUCUGUAUCUGCAUGUUGCAAUUGAAGUGGUCUGAGAGGAAACUAGACUUCUGCUCCUCCAACUAAAAGAAAAUCUGACACGAUGAGAGAUUUCAGUCAAUCAAAGGGUUUUUCAUCCAGAGCUGUUUAAAUAGAAUAAGUAGCAAAAACAGUAAGAUGUGUAAUGGAUCAUAAAGAGGGUGUUUGAAUCUCUGGUGACACCAACGGUUGACUAUUUUUGUGUAUUUGAAGCACAUUCUUGUCUGGAGGAGCUUCAGAAUUGAGGCUCUGUAUUUUCAAAUUGUUAGUUUUUCUUUUCCAGAUUUCUACCUUCAGCAGCUUUGCUCACUAAACCUCCUCAUCAGGCUUUAAUUGGACUGUUGGCUGCGUGCAAACCCACUUCUCUCAUGAAUCCAGGUCAAUUUCUUCAUCAUCUUGUUCAUGUUGGUCAGAGAAUUUAUGCUUUAACAGAAUGUACAGUUAUGUGGACUUUAUUUCAGUGAUAAUAAAUAAGAUGAAAGGCA